AUGGAGCUGGGGGUUUACCUGCUGGUAAGCGCUACCACCGCCCAUGAACAUACCGAACCGCAAGGCAUUGCGUUCAUCGAAACAUCGAAUCUUGAUGGCGAAACGAACCUCAAGACGCGGCAGGCGCACCCGGACACCGCGCGGCUGCAGAACGCGCCAGAAAUGGCCGCCUUCCACGCCACGCUGCAGUGCGAGCCGCCCAACCGACACCUCUAUGAGUUCAACGGAAUGCUAAAGGAAACUAAUUCGAAGACCAUACCGUUGGGGCUGGAGCAGAUGCUGCAGCGCGGCGCGAUGUUGCGCAACACGGGCUGGGUGCUCGCCGCCGUCGUGUACACGGGCCACGAGACCAAGCUGAUGAAGAACUCCACUAAGGCACCGUUAAAACGUUCAUCAAUCGACCGCCAAACGAACACGCACAUUUUGAUGCUGUUCAUAAUAUUGAUAGUUUUGUCGCUGAUCAGUGCCGCCUUCAAUGAACUAUGGCUACAUCGGCGGAGCAAUACGGACUGGUAUAUCGCAUUGGAAGAGGCCCAGAAUGCAAACUUCGGAUUCAAUUUUUUGACAUUUUUAAUAUUAUACAAUAAUCUUAUACCCAUAUCUCUACAAGUAACUGCUGAAAUUGUCAGAUUUUUUCAAGCCAAGUUCAUAGCGAUGGACAGCGAGAUGUACCACGCGGAGAGCGACACGCCGGCCAUGGCGCGCACGUCCAACCUCAACGAGGAGCUGGGGCAGGUGCGCUACGUGUUCAGCGACAAGACCGGCACGCUCACCUGCAACGUCAUGGACUUCCACAAGUGCUCCAUCGCCGAGAUCGUAUACAACAAGCCGGCGCCGAACGAGCGGCUGGAGGACACGCUGCUGUACCACAACCUGCGCGAGCACUCCAGCGCGGACGACAUAGCGGAGUUCCUCACCAUGCUGGCCGUCUGCCACACCGUCAUACCCGAGGUGGUGGACGGGAAGAUCAACUAUCAUGCUGCUUCACCUGACGAGCGCGCGCUGGUGCUGGGCGCGGCGGCGUUCGGCUGGGUGUUCGAGGCGCGCACGCCGCACGCCGUCAGCGUGCUGGCGCGCGGCCAGCGCCUGCACUUCGCCGUGCUGCACGUGCUCGCCUUCACCUCCGCGCGCAAGCGCAUGUCCGUCGUCGUGCGCACGCCCACCGGCGAGAUCAAGGUGUACUGCAAGGGCGCGGACUCGGUGAUCUACCCGCGGCUGGCGGGCGGCGCCGCGGCGGCGCCCUACGCGGCGGGCACGCUGGCGCACCUCGCGCACUUCGCCGCCGACGGCCUGCGCACGCUCGUCUUCGCCGCCGCAGACGUGCCCGAGCACGUCUACAAGGAUUGGUCAAACACGUACCACAAGGCGAGCAUAGCGAUACACGACCGGGAGCAGAAGAUCGAGGAGGCGGCCAUGCUGAUAGAGAACAACCUGCGCCUGCUCGGUGCCACCGCCAUCGAGGAUAAGUUGCAGGACGGUGUCCCGGAAACGAUAGCGUCGCUGCUGCAGGCGAACAUCAACGUGUGGGUGCUGACGGGCGACAAGCAGGAGACGGCCAUCAACAUCGCGCACUCGGCGCGCCUCAUACACGCCGCCAUGCCGCUCGUGCUGCUCAACGAGGACAGCUUGGAUGGCACGCGAGAGAGCCUGUCCCGGAACUGCGCAGAGCUGGGCGAGAACCUGCGCAAGCAGAACGACAUCGCGCUGGUGAUAGACGGCAAGACGCUCAAGUACGCGAUGGGGUGCGACCUGAAGAAGGACUUCCUGGACCUGUGCGUCUCCUGCAAGGUGGUCGUGUGCUGCAGAGUGUCGCCCAUACAGAAGGCUGAGGUGGUGGACAUGGUGUCGCGCGCGACGGGCGCGGUGACGCUGGCCAUCGGCGACGGCGCCAACGACGUGGCGAUGAUCCAGCGCGCCUCCGUCGGCGUCGGCAUCUCCGGCGUCGAGGGGCUGCAGGCCGUCUGCGCCUCCGACUACAGCAUCGCGCAGUUCCGCUUCCUCCUCCGCCUGCUGCUGGUGCACGGCGCGUGGAACUACUCGCGCAUCAGCAAGCUGAUCCUCUACUCCUUCUACAAGAACAUCUGCCUCUACGUCAUCGAGCUCUGGUUCGCUAUAUACUCUGCGUGGUCUGGUCAAAUUCUGUUCGAGCGAUGGACGAUAGGUUUCUACAACGUCAUCUUCACAGCUCUGCCGCCCUUCGCUAUUGGACUCUUCGAUAAGAUUUGCUCUCCGGAAAUUAUGAUAAGGCACCCGGUGCUGUACAUCCCGUCGCAGCAGGGGCUGCUGUUCAACGUGCGCGUGUUCUGGGUGUGGGCGGUGAACGCGCUGCUGCACUCCGUGCUGCUGUUCUGGCUGCCCGUGCUGCUCACCUCGCACCACGUGCUGUGGCCCAGCGGCCGCGACGGCGGCUACCUCGUGCUCGGCAACCUCGUCUACACCUACGUAGUGGCGACGGUGUGCCUGAAGGCGGGGCUGGCCACGCACUCGUGGACGUGGGUCACGCACGUGUCCAUAUGGGGCUCGGUGGCGCUCUGGAUCCUGUUCAUUGUCAUCUACAGCAACCUGUACCCGACGGUGCUGAUCGGCGCGGUGAUGCGCGGCAUGGACCGCAUGGUGUGCACCUCGCUCGUGUUCUGGCUCGCGCUGCCGCUCGUGCCGCUCGCCACGCUCGUGCCCGACCUGCUCAUCACUGUCAUCCACAACUCGGCGUUCAAAACGACGACGGAGGCGGUGCGCGAGAGCGAGAUAAAGAAGCGCGACCCCGCCGCGCUGCUCUCGCACCCGAGACACUCCGAUUUGGCCGCGAGGUGGCGCCACUUGAAGUACCUCGUAAGCGGCGUGUCGGCGGUCAAGUGCCUCACGGAGACGGCGCGGCUGCUGCAGAACGUGCGCAGCGUGUUCGGGCGCCGGGCCACGCGCGCCAACAUGGAGCUCGAGCUCUCGCAUGGAUUCGCGUUCUCGCAAGAGGAAGGCGCGAGCGUGUCGCAGGCGGACGUCAUCCGCGCGUACGACACGAGUCAGCCCAGAGGGCUCUCCUGAGUUGACCCCCCCACUAUCUCCCGGCGACCACGCGGUACACUCGCGCGCAUACGCACUACUAUAUCAUUUUACACGCAUUUUAACGUACAGUCGAGUGUAUCGGCGGAUAUUGAAUAUUUUACGAGAAUUUUAUUC